AUGUCCUCUUCGGCCCGCUUGGGGAGAGCACUGGGAAGUGCAAACAGAGGCGAAGAUGUCGGCGUGGAUAUGAAUUGCUCACCUGAGCUGAGCCAAUUGCUGCAAGCAGUGCUGGCUGCAGCACAGAGCAUAGCUCUGGACGCGCUGCUGCAACCUGGCAAUAGACCAAAAGGAGAACAAGUCAGCAUGACUGCCGAGCUUUGCGUAGAUGGAAGCUCCUUAUUCACACCAGUCCAGCCGGCUUGGGCUCGACCUGAUGUGAAGCCAAAGGAGGGCGAUGAGCUCUUCCGCAGCAACUCAGACUUGGCUUUGAAGCCCAAAAGCAAGGGCGUUCUUGAGCGGCGUCCUGAGCUUCCAAAGCCCAAAGCCAAAGCUCCAAGCAACAGCGGCUUGGCGGCCAAGUGCUUCGCACUGGUAGCGGAGCUACCUUGUGCCAUGGCGACAGAUGCUGGUAAGUUCUGGAAAGAUGAUGAGAUCAUUGUUGAUAAAGAUGGAAUUCCCCACUACACUGGACUUCGCCCCGAGUUGAUGCGUGAAUAUAGGAAGAGAGUCCUUUUCGCAUUUUCGAUGCUGGAGGGAGAUGGUGACACACCGGAGAAGGAGGCCAGAGAUCUAGAGAAGAAGAAGCGCCGUUUUGCAAAGCGCUUGAUGGACGCCCUGCAUGGUGAAGCAUGGCGAUGUUGUCAGGACCUCCUCAUGGACAUGGACACGCUCCAGAAGCCUGACGGCUACAAGGCCAUCUUCAAGGCCCUUCAGACCAUCGAGAAAGUGACUGUUGUCAGGAAGACCGAAGAGUUUGACAAGUUCUUUGAGCGAGGAUUCAGGCGACGAGGACAAGCUCUUGACACCUACCUCCGUUCCCGUCGACAGGACUGGCAUGAACUUCAGGAGCUCGAUGACCAGACUAGCAUGAGCCCCGAUUUACUGGCUUACUUCAUCCUCAAGCAGUGCAAUUUGAGCAAAGAAGAUCGUCGACAGAUUUUGCUGGCCAACAAUUCGAGCUAUGAUCUGGAUGGUAUUGAGAGAGCUAUGCGUGUGAGCUUCUUCGACAUCCACGAGCGUGAGAAAGUGAUGAAGCCGUCUUGGGAUGCUCGUUCCAAGGGUCAAGGCAAGCGCAAGCAGUAUGCCCACAUGGCUGACGAGUAUGACAUCCUAAAGGAUGACCCCAUUGAAGAGUUCGAUGAUGACCCUGAGAAUGAAGACGCUCUUGAGUAUGCCAACCAGGUUGAAGAUGAGCCGGAGAUUGAGUUCGACGAUGGUGAGCCAGAUUUGCAGUCAGAUGCCGGAGCUUCGAAUGAUGAAGAGAUCUUCAAUGCCUACACCACCAUGGACAAGCAGCGUCGUUCCUACAAGGAUUCAAGGAAGCGCCUUCGUGAGAUUCAGAAGAACCGCGGCUUCUACAAGCAAGGUGACCCUUCAGAGAGAGCCGCAGCCAUCGAGAAGGAGAAGGCUCGCACUCGCUGUUCUGCCUGUGAUCGCAUUGGUCACUGGGCAGGAGAUCCAGUUUGUCCCAAAGCUGGAAAAGGUGGUCCGAAGCGAGGAAAAGGAUCCAGUCGAAAAGGAGGUGGAAAGGGUGGCAAGAAGGCUCGCGCCUAUCUUGCUUCAGAAGAGCCUUUGUUCUUCGUGCUGGAUGACUCGGAGGAGGAAGCCCAGGCCUACAUGGUCAAAGACGACUCGGAGAAGAAUGAGAUGGAGCAGGAUGCCGGAUGGACCGAGCUUGAUGGGCGUCGCAAGGUCGCCAGCUCGGCGGCGUCCCAAUCGUCUGAGGGAUGGUCCAAGGUGGAGGGCUAUGCAAGCCUUGGGAAUGAUGCACCACCAUGGCGCCCAGAUCACACCUUCUCAUCACCGGCUACAUCGACUGUGGAGAAGGACACCUUGUUCUUGCCGGUCAAUCCACCUUUGCAGCGCCAGAUGCCAGUCAUCGUCAAGGAGGCUGGAGUCUACAUCAUCCAGGUGAAAGAUCGUGCCAUUCUUCGCCCAGAGCUGGAUGAGAUGACGCAUCGACAGCUGCAAGAAGAGUUGAACAAGUAUGAUUUGAGAGUUUCCGGCAACAAGGCAGAGCUUCGAUCCCGCAUGGAGUCGUUCUUCAACGGUGAGCCUGUGCAUCGCAAGGGAUGCUCUCGUCAGUUCAUCAUGCUAGAGGAGCUUGAUCCAUCGGCGCCGGCCCCAAAGGCUAUGCCUCAGAGUCUCAAGCAGUCGAUCCCUGCGAAGAAGAAGGAAAGUGCAAAGGCAUCGUCUUCGACAGUUGAACAUGCAAGGUUCGUGCGAGAAGUGGAGGAUCCAAGUGAGAGGGACAGCCGUCGCCAACAGCCACGACUACGCCGAAGACAUCAUCACCUGCAACACCAAGUCGCCUUCCGUUGCAGACUGGCGAGAUUCUACCUGGUGUGCCUUGUGAAGUUUGCGGUGCAGACUUGUGUGUCCGUCAGAACCGCGCAAAGCUCAACCUCUUCAUCGGCUGCACGGCCUAUGGACGCACAGGAUGCUGAUUCACCUACACCUACGAUGAGGGACUGGCAGCGGCCAACUUGGCUCGCCGCCAGCGCGGCCUGUGAACAGCUAGAAGGUGAAAUGGUGCAAGAGAACUCAGGCAAUGAGCCCAAUGAUGCUGCCAAUGAAGUGGACAACGCGAACAUGAAAUCAAUGAACAAUGCUGGACUGUUUUUUGAUGAAAGUUUUGCAGAAGAAGCCACUGCGAAGGACGAACGCCGAGUGUGUCUUCUGGAUACCGCUUGCACGUCAUGUAUGCACUCCAAAGCAUGGCGUGAAGCUUACACCAAGCACCUUCCUGGAGAUCUUGUUUGUGAGCCGACGGAUGAGACCAAGACCUUUCAUUUUGCAGAUGGAGGCUCAACGGAUGGUAAGAUUAAUGUUUGGAAGAUUCCUUUGGUCAUUGGUGGGCGAAGAGGCAUGGUUUUCAGUGCCGAGGUGCCCACCGGUUCAACACCGCUUCUUUUGUCGAUUGCUGCUAUGGAAGCACUUGGUAUGACCUUGUUUAUGAAGGAGCGCAUGGUGUUGAUUGGCGCCUUAGAUGUCAAAGUCCCCAUGUUGAAGACCAGAACCAAACAUCUUGCUUUAGAUGUGACUGGAAGUGUUUCAGUUGACAGCCAUGAGCGGGAAGCACCACUCUGCCAGUCACACAACAACGACCUCUACCUGUACUUGGUCGAGGAGGCCUCAUACCAGAUCGGUGAAGGGCAGUUCUUUGAGACCCUGCCUGAUUUUCCAGUGAAGAUGAGUUCGGAGCAUGAGUUUGCUUUGAAGUUGGGACCUCGAGGUGUUUUUCCACAAGACCAUCGAGGGGAGUUGAAGCCCAGAAGACAUGAAGAGCUUGAACGGUCGAGCAAGCAGUUGAGGAACCUUGAUCGUCGGACCUGGACAGCUUUGAAACACAGAUAUACCUAUGCAGAAGAAGCAGCCUCACACCAGUUCCAGACGACCAUGAUUUUCGAGCCCUUUGGUGGUACUUUCGGCAUUACGAGAGCUGCCACACGCUCUUACGGCUGGACGUGCUCGCAACCCCUAGACAUCUUAGAUGGCUAUGAUCUUUUGUCCUCAAAAGGUGAGCGACUUUUGUGGCGCACACUUGAUGAGCGCAAUCCCUACCUCACGGUCCUUGCCUUCGAUUGUCGGUUGUGGUCAUUGUUGAACAACCUCACCUCCAAGGCACAGACUCGAGAGCAGCUACAGCAGCUUCGAGAAGGCGUGGGUAGAAAGACAUUGCUUUUGGUGUACCGGGUCUGCAAACACCGGUUCAAAAGGGGUCGAUACUAUUUAAUCGAAAAUCCUGCUGGAAGUUUAGCUUGGAUGUUUGAUGAACUUCUUCCACGACUACUUCAUGAAUGUGAAGGCAAAUACAUUGUUUCAGAUCAGUGUGCCUACGGCAAGAUUGACUUGGAGAGCCUUCGUCCCGUGAAGAAACCUACUGGAUGGCUUUCUAACAAUGAACCGCUUCUCAAUGCACUCGGGAAGCGAUGCAAGUGCAAAUGGGGUUCACAUCAGCUGACCUUGGGAAGAAACUCCUAUGGACCUCGGGCACGACAAGCCUCCGCUUAUCCUCCCAAGUUGUGCCUGGCAGUUUGUCAAGGUGUGUUGAACUCUAUGAAGAUCGACUAUGCACACCGCGCAGCUUUUGACCUCAGUUACCCUGCAUUAGAUGAAGACAUGGAAGAGCAAGCUGAGGAGCCAGACAUCGAAGUGGUGGGUGACGAGCCCGCUGGAGACGCAUGGGAGAAAGGUGAAGGCAAGAUUGUUCGUGUGCAUUUAUUUCCAAGGACAAAGUUGUUUUCCCCCAUGAGCACAGAUGAUUUGCCUUGUGAUUUUCGACAGUUGCUGCCUCAGCGUGUGACUUAUUUGGAGUUUGAAGACGGCGCCACAGAGGUUUAUUGUGAUGAUUGGGUGGACCUCAAUGGUCCCUACAAAGAUGGGAGACCAUGGCGAGGAAAGACAGAAAUUUCCAUCCAACCUCUGGAAGAAGAUGCCGAGCCUGAUGCAGUUGAGCAGAACAUUCCAUCAGCUGAGGCCAUGGACAACGCCAAAGAAUGGUUGGUCGAAAGAGGUGGCACAGAUUGGCAGUUGAUUCCUCUUGAGGAGGAGCUGGGCAAGAUGUGGGCGUCGCAGGAAUCAGCCAAUGCAGAUGUGGAGCAGCCUGAUGCAGAUGAUCCAAGAGCUCGAGAACGCGAGGACAUGAGUUCUGGCUCCACAUCCAUGGCUCGAAUGCGUUACGAGUCCGAACGUGACGCAAAGAAGGCUAGACGGGAUUCGGAGUUCUUUGCCAAGAAGGAGCGUGAGAGGAAGCAGGCUCGCGAAGAGCGGUCGAGGAGAAUUCUGUUGGAGGAACAGCAGCGUGCAGCCGCAGCGCCUAUUCCUGAAUAUGAUCCAGAGCUUGAUGAUUACCAUCAAUCAUCACCUUCGAAGAGAUUGCCUGUCGUUGCCGAGAGCCCAGAAGUUGAGACACAAGAGCGAGAAGCCAAGCGGCUUCGUGGCGAUGACAUUGACGCAACAGCUGAGGGUGAGGGUUUGUUUUGUUAUUUGGUCAUUGAGCAACCGCGUUUGUUGAAGCGCAAAGCAAAAGCAGCAUACUUUGCCAAGGAGCUUGAAUACGCAUUGCUAGGCAUUUCCUAUGACGAUUUCAUGUUUGGUUUUCGUCGCAACCGCUUUGACAGGCACUAUGAGGAGAUGUAUGAUUUUGCAAUGAAUGCAACACCUGGCACAGCUGCAGGCAAGAAGCGUGGGAGAAAGGAGAUUCUUUUGCGUGAGUUGCCCGAAGAGCUUAGCAAGUUGUUUACAGACGAUGGCGAAUCAGAUGAGAAAGAGUGGCGUGCUUGGCAAGAGAAGGGUGCAGUUGAUGUUUUGGAUGAAACGUCGAGUCGAGAGAUUCGACGGUUGAAGCCGGACCUGAUAGUUCCAACACGCCGUGAAAUCAAACAGCAUGAGUCGGGUCACAUUGACAUUGCCAUGCGGAACUAUUCAUUGAACACAAAGAAGAUUUCCAUUUCCAAUGUUCGCAAAGCACAAGUUGAAAGUUCACUGACAGAAUCAGAGAUGAAGGAUUUUCUGACAGGUGCUGGAGAGCUUGGCUGGUUGACGCGACAGCUGAGAUGCGAUCUUGGAUACGAGAAUGGAGUCGUUCAGCGUUCAAAGACUGACGCCUGUGUUGGCGACCUCACCAAGUUGAAGCAGUAUCUUUCCAUGGCCCGUCGAGGAGCUGACUUCAGGAUGAGAUAUUGGUCGGACGUUGACCUUCGCAACGGUGUUCUUGUUCAUUUGGCUGAUAGUGGUCAUGCAAACGGCGCGCCCGAGAAGGACGAGAUCAUGAGAUACAGAAGUGUUGGUGGAUAUUUUCUGUUGAUUGCCAAUCCAGAGAAGUUGAAGCUGGAGGCCUUGAGUGGGGAGUUGAAUCUGAAGGACUGGCCUGCUGUGAUCCAAAGGAGGAAGAGGGUCUAUGUCACUGACGCUCGUUCUGUCUACGACUGCCUCCAAAAGGACGCUACAUCCACGUCGACAGACAAACGGAUGGCAUUGGAGGGAGCGUUGUUGAGAGAGAUUGUGAGACAGCCUCAAGCCUUUGUUCGCUGGAUAGAUGGCAUGCAGAAUGUUGCAAAUGUUCUGACGAAGUCUGGAGCCGAGAAGGAUACAUUGCGAGAAUUCCUUCGUGAAGGCAUGAUGUCGUUAGUUCAAAGUGAAGCCAACAAGAAGAUCAAAGAGAAAAAGGGGGCUGAUCGUCAUCGACGCAGCGUCGAACUGGACAAGCCUACCAAGAAGCGAGAGGCCAAUGUUCAGAGAAGACGAAAGCUGGCAGAAGAACUUCAAGGAGUUGAUGUCUCCAGUGAAGCUUUAAAACCCAAUCGAGGGCAGGGAGUGCCGGAGGACCACAAGAAGGUGCCGCUGGCUGUGCCACUGGUGCGCGCGUUCCGCGACCCUGCGUUGGAAGUUCGUGUGAUGGAGUUGCCGCCCAAGAUGCUCGGAGCUGCGGAAGUCUGUGGGGAGAACUAUGCAAUCUCAGAGUAUGGUGGGGACUCUGAAGGCCAUUUGAAUAUUCUGGAAGUCGAUGGGCAAGAAGCGCCCCGCACGGCGUCGGGGAUCCAGUGGCGACUGGCGAAGGGAUCGGCUGACACGGAGCGAGAUCCGCACCUACAAGCAGCGGUGCCUGCGCAGUAUGAUGCGGCAUUUCUGAAAGAACGUGGCAAUGUUGAUGCAUAUCCAUCGGUGGAGGUGACUUGGCAACGUGGGCAUGAUCCUGAAUUAGAGCUUUGGGCAUGCAAUGGAAGCCCUCCCAGCAGCAUGGCCAAGUCAAAUCUAGAGCCAUCGGCACGGAUCGCGCUGUCUCCGUACCAAACAGCUGAAUUGCAUUUCUUGCUACAAUGUCAUGGCAUUCAACCAGUACCAGGAAGCCCGGCACCAAGGGUGCCCACAGGCGAAGAUGCUUGCGAACGGAUUGCAAACAUCUCUGCGUGGCAGCCAUGGCACUGGCUGUCCGCCACUGCGGCUGUGGUUAUUCCCCUCAUCCUGGUCUACAGAUGUUGCUGUCAUGGCGUGCGGCGUCAUAAGGCCAAGCUAGAUGAUGGAGCAGAUGAGCUUGGAGCUGCCAUCUAG